AUGUUGACAAAUUCUAUGACCCACGUGACGCCGUCUAAUAAGAGACCGUACCGUAAUUCGACAGUUCGGUCCAACCACAACCGACGGCGCGUGCAGGCCCAGCAGUGGGAUGCUGCUGGAGGAGAAAGAGAGAGAACACUUGAUUUGACAGGUGAAACAACGGAGGUGUCUGUUUCGCUGUUCAUCAAUCGAAUUUCUGCGGUUGAUGAGAACAAAGAGGAGAUCUCACUUGACGUGUUCCUGUACGUACACUGGAGGGAUCCACGUGUACACAUCCGCAAUGACACGGACGUGAACCAUGUGGAGCUGACCUGGAAACACCGAGAGCGGUUCUGGGUGCCCGAUCUGUACAUCCGCCAACUACGGGAGAUGAAAGUGUUAUCGCUCUUCCAGGAGAUGACAUCUCUGCGUCUCUUCCGCAACCACACCAUGCGCAUCAGCAUCGGAGCUACGGUGAUCAUCAAGUGUGACAUGGAUUUCGUGCUCUACCCGCUGGAUGUACAAAGAUGCGACGUCGACUUUAGUAGUUACAAAUACACGAUCGCGGACAUGAAUUUUAAGUGGGUAGGUGAGAAGGCCCUAAGUUUCCCAAGCGACUUCGGUGACGGUUACAGGCUUCCAAAGUAUGUUGUGUCCUUUUCUACGGAGGACUAUUCUCAAGGUGUCUAUUACGGCGAAGGCAACCACUCGACGGCCCGCAUGCACAUCACGAUGAGCCGCGAGCUGCGCAGCUACCUGCUCGAGACGUACUUGCCCAGCUCGCUGUUCGUCAUCAUGUCGUGGGGCAGCUUCGUCGUCAUCCCGGACAUGGUGCCCGGCCGCAUGGUGCUGCUCGUCACGACGCUCCUCUCCCUCGUCACCAUGUUCGACACCGUCAGGAACAACUCGCCGCCAGCGCUGGAGCUGAAGUGCAUCGAGGUGUGGCUGAUAUCGUGCACACUGUUCGUCUUCUUCGCCCUCAUCGAGUACUUCGUGGUGCUGUUCGGCAUCCGCUACGACAAGCACUGGCGCCAAAAGAAGCGAGACACCGAGCGAGCGGCGCCACCGCCCCUCGGCACGCAGCAAAAGGAGAACUUUGUGCAGAGGCAAGUGCUGUGUUGGCAGGGCCAGCAGAACAGCUCGGCGAUGCCCAGACGCAACCAGCUGCAGGCUCCAGCACCGUCGGCGGCCGCCAGCAACCACAAUCACGUGUCUCCGGUCGCCCCCAUCCGGCACAUGUCGCAGCUUCCUCCACUGCUGCGCCGAGGGAUCGGCAAGCUGGCUGGUGCCAAGGAGGCUGGCACUGCAACUGGCCCAGGCGGGGGCAGCGGAGGAGUCGGCAGUUCGCGCAUCGAUAACCUCCGGCUCUUUGGCGGUACCAGCAAGGUGGCGCCACAGCAUCUCGACGUCGAUGCCUCUAAGGACAUCGUCCUCCCAUCUAGAACAGUUCUCAGGGAGAAUCACGUGCUGUCCAGCGAGCACUCUGAACUACGAGGACGGCUCAAAUUCCGUGCAGUGGCGGAAUAUGUAGUGCUGUACUGCGGCUCACAGCGUGGGAUGGUCGACCAGGUGUCUCUGGUGCUGUUCCCAGUGUGCUUCUUCCUCUUUACGACGGUGUACUGGAUCUCCUACGUAAGCGAAUCACGAAUGCGCAUGAAUGGCUGA